GUCACAUUGUCUCCUGUAAGAGUUUGUUUUGAAGAGAUGUCAGCCGAGUCAACGAAUGAACUCUUUAUGUUGCAGGUAAACAAUAAAGAAACAAAUAAGAAAUCCUAGUUCGCAACACCGUUCUCCACUUGUUUACCACUGAAACUGGACAGCAACCAUGGACAUUAAAGGCAAGACGACAGCCAAUUUAAAGCAGUUUGAUAUUGGGAACAAGUUGUCCUAUUUGCCGGUUCUGCCCAAAGCCUCAGUUCUGAUCCCACUCUUUGUUAGGAAUGGACAGCUGUACACCUUGUUGACCCUGCGUUCAGAAAAGCUGAGGUCCAGUGCUGGUGAAGUGUGUUUUCCAGGUGGGAAAAGGGACCCCAGUGACAAGGAUGAUAUUGAAACAGCUCUGAGAGAGGCAGAGGAGGAGAUAGGUCUACCUUCUGAUGGUGUUGAGGUGGUCUCUACAUUGUUCCCUAUCAUUAAUAAGAGUGGUUUGUUGGUGACCCCAGUGGUCAGCUUCAUCGAGGAGUCCUUUCAUCCGAGUCCGAAUCCCGCUGAAGUUAGUGAAGUGUUCACAGUUCCUCUGGACUUCUUCAUCAGGGAGAAGGAUCACUAUGCUCCUCACGACGCUGCUGGGACGGGAGGGCCAAUGCACUUUUUUCUUUAUGAGGACCCUGAAUCAGGAAGCCAGUAUCACAUAUGGGGCCUGACUGCCAUGUUGGCUAUAGUGGUUGCUGUUUUAGCUCUGAGGAAAAGCCCUGAGUUUGAAGUUGGUUUUGACACAGAGGACCCCUUAUCUUUCUUUAAACAGGUGCUAGACAGAAGAAUUAGUAAACUAUGACUCUGUAGGUUCUUGAUACUUGAAGCUGUAUUUGUUGAUUGUUGAUAAUUUAUUGCACUCACUGUGAAAAUUCCAGUGCAAUGUGAAACUUUGUAGAAAUUAAAAUUAAAACAAAAUGUAUUUUUUUAA